AUGGAUUUCAGCCAGAGAAGCCUCCGCAGACCCUUGGCUUCCUCAGCACUCAGCAUGAGCGGCUCCCUGUAUAGCAGGGGGAGCCUGCAGCGCCUCGGGGCUGCCCCCAGCGUCUAUGGGGGAGCUGGCGGCCAAGGUAUCCGCAUCUCCACCUCCAGACAGGUGGGCUAUGGGGGCGAACUCUCCGGCGGAGACCUGUUUGUUGGCAAUGAGAAAAUAGUCAUGCAGAGCCUAAAUGACCGCCUGGCAAGCUACCUGGAAAAGGUGCAGUCUCUGGAGCAGUCCAACGCCAAGCUUGAAAUGCAGAUCAAGCAGUGGUAUGAGGCCAGUGCUCCCAGCGCACGCCGGGACUACAGUGCCUACUACAGGGACAUCGAAGAGCUGCAACGUCAGAUUAAAGAGGCUCAACUGGAAAAUGCUCGGUGUAUUCUGCACAUUGAUAAUGCUAAACUGGCCGCCGAGGACUUCCGGCUGAAGUGUGAGACGGAGAGAGGUUUAGGGAUCACCGUGGAGGCCGACUGCAUAAGCCUACGUGAGGUCUCUGAUGAUCUGACUCUGCACAAGACAGACUUGGAGGUACAGAUUGAAGAGCUGAAGAAAGACCUGAUCCUCGUCAAAAAGGAGCAUGAGGAGGAAGUCAAUACCCUGCGCAAGCAGCUGGGCAACACCGUGAACGUAGAGGUGGAUGCUGCUCCCAGCCUGAACCUCGGAGCCAUCAUGAAUGAGAUGAGACAGAAAUAUGACCUUUUAGCCCGGAAUAACCUCCAAGAGAUCAAAGAUCACUUUGCGAAGCAGGCGGAAACUCUGCAGCAGCAAGUCAUAGUGAGCACUGAAGAAACACAGGUGCACGAGGCUCAAGUGAAGGAGAUGAGACGCACCUACCAGAACCUGGAGAUAGAGCUCCAAUCCCAUCUCAGUAUGAAAGAAUCUUUGGCACAUACAUUAGAGGAGACCAAAGCUCGUUACAGCAACCAAUUGGCCAACAUCCAGGCGAUGAUAAGCUCCCUAGAGGCCCAGCUGAUGAAGAUACGGACUGACACAGAACAUCAGAACAACGAAUACAAUAUUCUUCUCGACAUAAAGACCAGGCUCGAGCAGGAAAUCGCUACUUACCGCCGUCUCUUGGAAGGAGAGGAUAGCAUGACCUAUCAGUUAAGCAUCCCAGAGGAAGAGAGAGAUAUCAAGAAAACCAGGAAGAUCAAGACGGUCGUGGAAGAAGUGGUGGACGGCAAGGUUGUGUCAUCUGAAGUCAGGGAGAUGGAAGAAAAGAUGUAA